AUGGGAGCUACGGUCCAACAGCACGCUACACGCAUAGAUCAUUUGGAAGCUUGUCAGAAGGAGACCACUGAUCGCCAGGACAGCACCUUGUCCCGCUUGCAAGCACUUGAGAAAGUUGUGGCAGAUCUCGAGAAGCAACAAUCAAGGUCGCCUACACCUGUCAGGUACGUGCCCGGCACUCCGAGAGGUCGCGGAACGAGUCCACGCAGCCCACGAGGGAGCAGAGACCCUUUUCAGGACACGAACCGUGAUCCCAUGCAAGAUCUUGGCCUGGUGGUUGGGGGCUGGACGGACGCCCGCAGUCACGAAGCUGAGGAAGAGGUGCGUAACAUGUUUAAGGCCGCGCAGGCUGAAUCCUUGAUCGAGCAGAUAACAGGCCCCUCUGGUCGCACCAACUUCCUGCGAGUGUCACUUCUUUUUCCCGAGAACUCUAGCCUCCCCCGCAAACGUCUGAUCCAGAAGGAGUUGCUUGACAAACUCAAAGCGAUGAAGUGCACCAGUGGUAUCGAAGGCCAGAACGAUGCUGAACUGUGGAUCCAGAAAGACAGACCGAUUGAGGAACGGCUCCGCAUCCGGGCAGUAGUCCUAACCAAAAAUUUUUACAACAAGCUCCCGCCCCUGGCUUUCGAGACCGUGACAGGGCGCGACAAGGAAACACUCCAGCAGGCUUGGAUCGACUAUGGCCCGGCGUCGACUCCCUAUGGGGACCUCAGUCGGAUCUGGGACGUCACGGACUUGCCAGGCACAGAAGUUGUUGCUUUGCAGGAGCUUGGGGGACUCCCUGAGAAAUGCCCGAGCUCUGACUCGGUGCUGCACCACGAGGUCUAUCUUGGAGGCCGUAGUUUCACUUUCUUUUUCUCUGAUCCUUCGCAUUCGUUCCGUGGGAGCGCCGUUGGCAUUCCCACUGAAUGGGUCGGGAGGGUUGAGGCUACAACUUCUUUUUGCACAGGUUUGGGAAUCAUCCUCAAACAUCAAGGGGUGCGCCAGUUCAUUAUGACGGCUCACCUCCCACACGAUCUCCGUAAGGACUGCCUGCCCGUUUGGCAGACCCAGGUCGAGGAGAUUCUAGACUUCUGCUCGGCGCGGAGAUACCAUGACUUAGUCUGUCUGUGCGCCGACCUUAAUUACGACAUCUUGGACAUUGUCCGGGUCGAUGAGAGAGGCAUUCCAUUUGGCCGACUCCUUAGAGAACUUGGCCUUUCGCACAGUAGACCAGUCUCGGCCACUUGGCGCAAUACCAGAGGAGCGUCUUCUCGAAUCGACUACUUUCUGUUUUCUCUGCCCUCUAUGACCGUGCGUGAUGACAGGGUUCAUGUAGGUAGUGAGGAAAUUGUAGGCUCGGAUCACAGUGCAAUCACGCUCACCCUUGAGACCGUGGGGCGGGCAGGACGACGUCGCUUCUUCAACACACGUUGUGGCAAGUGGUGGGUCGAUGCUCCGCAACUCAGCUCCAAAUGCGAGCAGCUAGCAGAACAGCUAGACUUGAGUAUGCAGGACCUUACCAUGCAGCACCUCACCACAAUCUGCCAACACAGCUCCAAGCGCAUCACUAGCUGUCGUUAUCGGGAUUCUCCCGAAAUCAAGCAACUGAUCCGGGAUCGUAAACUACUUCGAGGCCUGCCAGCCAGACAGCUAGCCAAGCGCAUUGCAGAUGAGAGGAAAGUGGCCAAGCGGGAGUGGCUGAGCGACCUCCUGGCCAAGGGAGCAGAGGGGGAUUUCAGGGCGCUCAGUUAUUUCAAAAAACGCAACUCCUCUGCAUAUACCCAAGGAUCGUACUGUAUGCGAGCGGGUGGGUCCGUGCGAGCCAUUUCUGACCUCAGGUCCUUUUACCGUUUGAAGUAUACCCAGGACGAUCACGUCCCACAGGGCCUGGCUUUGGCGAUCUUCCGAGGACGCGCGGGGCCUAUCCAAGCCCCCACUCCUUUCAGUUUAACGGAAAUCCAAGAGGUGGCUUUUCAGUGCAAGCACAACAAGAGCACGGGGGCAGACGGUAUCAGCUACGAAGCCAUACAGCUACUACUGCAAACCAGCCUCUCCGAGCACCUUGUUGAGCUCUUCAACGACGUGCUGUGGGGUACUCGUGCAAUACCUACACCCUGGCUCUCCAACCAUGUCAUUUUUUUGCCCAAAACUGCGGCUCCUGAAAGUCCCAAGGACCUGCGUCCCAUAGUCUUGUCACCCACGGUAGCCAAAGUGUUCACCAAAGCUCUCAUGUUGCGCCUUAGGCCCCGACUACCUAGGAUCCAGGCCUUCCAGGUCGGUGGACUGCCGGGCAGACAAACCCUAGACGCGGCUUGUGCCGUCCAGCACGCGAUCCGACUGGCGCAACAAUACGACAAAACGUUGUAUGUAGUGAAACUUGACAUCACAGCUGCAUUCGACAGCAUGUCCCAUGAAGCCGUCGCUGCCUUUUUGGCAACGGCCACGGGGUGCCGGGAGGCGGAACUCCUGUUGGAGAUCAUUGUGCAGACUAAGGUCGAACUCAGCCUUCAAGGAACAAGGUGGGAGCAACCGCUCUCCAAAGGAAUCCUGCAGGGCAGUACCUACUCUGCCGAAUUAUUCGCCAGGGUCAUCGACUUCUUUCUUACACCCACCCAGGAUCGGUGGCAGGACUCCGAGGACUCCUGGCUAGCCGACGAGACAGGGCUUAAGCUUUUCCUCAGUCCUUUCGCAGACGACCUAGUACUCCUGGGGACCUCUAGGGAGCAGACCCAGAGACUCCUCAGGGACAGUGAGGAAACUCUUCAGGCUAUCGGGCUGCAUUUCAAUGCCAAAAAGUGUAAGUACCUGCACUCCCCAGGCACUUCGGAUGUCCCUUUCAGGCUACAGAGUGGCCAAGGCAUUGAAGCUGUUGGCUCGAUGAUUUUUUUGGGAGUGCUCCUUGGCUUCCACCUUUCCUGUGUGUCGGUCAUUGCGGCACGAAUGGCUAAGGUCAGUAAUGCCUUCUGGGGUUACUUUCGAGUUCUCCGUCAAGCCGGGGUGGGCUUGACCCAAAGACUGCGAGUGUUUGAUUGUUUCAUCACCUCCCGUUGGAGAUGGAUGUCUCCCACGGCACGGCCCCUACAGACAGUUCGGGCGUACUUGAAAAGAGCACACACGACCUUCCUCUCUGUCAUUUUGGGGUUUACACGUGAUCCGUUCCAGGGGUCGGUGGAUGCAUGGCUGUCUCGCCGACGCACUAGUCGCGCCGCUGCACAGUGCGUCCAGCACAGGAGAUGGGAAGCCACGCAGGCGCAAGCAUUCUGGACCUACUGGGGACAUGCUGCACGCUACGGGCGUGGGGACAGGAUACCCCUGCGCCUCAUGCUACAAGUGCGAGGACCUGUUUGGCUCCUCAGUAACCAUGCUCGUAUCCGUAGGGCUAGGCCUGGGAGAGCUCCGGACACCAGCCGGUUCAUUCAGCUAGAGUGGGACCACUUUUUGCAACAAACGGGUUACGUCGGUGUCGCCUUAUCCUGGACUGAGGGUGCACAGGAUCGAAACAAGUGGAAGGACUUUAUCAGUUAUUGGCUUCAUGCCAAUAGCUGCGAUCUCACCAGGUACUACGACAUGCCUCUGGAGCAACUCGAUCUCCGAGGACGUAUGCUACUAAGGAACGGAGAUGUCUUCUCGCUCCUGCCCACCCGACAUGUACCAGUCGAGACGGCUCAUCCCUCUUCUUUCUUGAGCAUCGAUCUCGAGCCUGAGGCGCGAGUCACUGACCCGUCUCAGUCUGAGCAUCUGCUUCGGGUUUUUUCCGAUGGCAGCGCUCCGCAGGGCAGACACAACACACAGGGGGGACCAGGCGGGGGCGCUGUCGUCCUCCUACCCCCCUAUGGGGACAUUCAGGACGCCAUAGUGAGCUACUUCCGGAUUCCCGGCCCGUGUAGCAAUAUCGAGGCGGAAGUGCGCGCCGCUGCUCAUGCCCUAAAGAUGAUCCAGGAAGUCCGCCGACGGUUUCCACACCUUCCUGUGCAAUUCUGUACGGAUUCGCAGUACGUGCUUCAGGUACUGAACGGGGACUUCAUAGGGACACAUCACGCGUCAGCUACGAAUGACCUUUUGUGCAGGUGGAGUGAACUCUCCUGUUACGUUCAAGCCUGCCACGUCCGUGCUCACAAGGGUUUCUUGCUGAACGAAGUUGCAGAUCACUUCGCCAAGAAGGCGCGCUCCCUCGGCCACUCGUGCACAGUAUACCACACACACAACAUGUCUAAGGCGGCUGUGACUCCACGGCACACGGGAGUCUUCAUGCCAUGGCUUGUCUGA